AUGACAAACACAGAAGUAGCGUUAUUCCGUAAGUGGACUUACGACGACGUAAGCCUCACAGACCUGUCGUUGGUGGAUUGCAUAGCAAUACAAGGAAAAGCACGAGUGUUCACGCCGCAUACAGCAGGAAGAUACCAGAAGAAGAGAUUCAGAAAAACACAAUGCCCAAUAGUGGAGCGCCUGGUCAACUCAAUGAUGAUGCACGGAAGGAACAACGGAAAAAAACUUAAGGCAAUAAGAAUAGUUAACCACGCAUUUGAAAUCAUACACGUCAUGACGGACAAAAACCCAGUACAAGUGUUCGUAGACGCAGUGAAAAACGGAGGACCGAGAGAAGACUCGACAAGAAUAGGCUCAGCGGGAGUGGUGAGACGCCAAGCUGUGGACGUGUCGCCUCUGAGAAGAGUCAACCAAGCAAUUUACCUUAUCUGCACAGGAGCAAGGAACGCAGCAUUCAGAAACAUCAAGACGAUUGCGGAGUGCCUGGCUGACGAAAUCAUCAACUGCGCAAAGGAGUCGCCCUCGUCAUACGCAAUUAAGAAGAAGGACGAGAUAGAGCGCGUAGCAAAGGCAAAUAGAUAA